AUGGCGCGGGUUCCCGUCAUUGGGCGCCUUUUCUGGUCCGAAGCCCCAACGCCUGUUAUCCGGUUCUGCUAUGAUCAGUCCAAAGCGCUGUUCAACAACUUCAUAUCCACCGAAGCCCGCGAUAAGCGCACCCGAGAAGAGGUUCUCGCUGCCUCAAUCGCGGAGGCCUCUGAUUUCACUGAUAUGUGCGCUCUGUUUGGGUACGAGGCGGAAGAACAUAUUGUGCAGACAGGUGACGGGUACCUCCUCGGUCUCCACCGACUCGCAUACCGGAAAGGCGAGGAGGGGCUGCGCGUCAACCACGGACAGGGCGGGCUGAGCAAAAAAGUCGUAUACCUGCACCACGGCCUGCUCAUGUCCAGUGAGGUAUGGGUAGCCCUCACCGACGAACAGCGUUGUCUGCCCUUCCAGCUCGUGGAGAAGGGCUACGACGUGUGGCUGGGCAACAAUCGGGGCAAUAAGUACGCCAAAAAAUCAAUGUUCACCUCGCCCGGCUCGAACGAGUUCUGGGAUUUUUCCAUGGACCAGUUUGCCUUUCACGAUAUUCCCAACAGCAUCCAGCAUAUCCUUGACGUCACGGGCCAGCCGUCGCUAUCGUACAUCGGGUUCUCGCAGGGCACGGCACAAGCAUUCGCAGCGCUGUCCAUUCAUCCACUCCUCAACCAAAAGAUCGAUGUGUUCGUAGCCUUAGCACCCGCCAUGGCGCCAUCGGGUCUCCGAAACCGCAUCGUCGAUUCUCUCAUGAAAGCAUCCCCGAAUUUCUUGUUCUUGCUCUUCGGUCGGCGCAGCAUUCUCUCAUCAACCACCAUGUGGCAGACGAUUCUCUAUCCACCCAUCUACGUCCGAAUCAUCGACACAGCGCUAUCAACCCUCUUCAACUGGAAAUGCGCCAACAUCGAGCGCACCCAGAAAAUCGCCGCAUACCUACACCUGUACUCGUUCACGAGCACCAAGUCCGUCGUGCACUGGUUCCAGAUCAUCCGCAACAAGAACUUCCAGUUCUACGACGACGAACUGCACGCCCCCUUCAGCAUCGUUGCCAGCGAGCGUUUCUACAAGCCCGUCAAAUACCCCACCCGCAACAUCAAGACCCCGAUUGUGCUGCUGUACGGCGGCAGCGACAGCCUCGUCGAUAUCGGCGUGAUGUUGCGAGGUCUACCGCACGGCACAGUCGCCAAGGCGAUUCCGAAAUACGAGCAUCUUGAUUUCCUGUGGGCUUCCGACGUCGAUCGCCAGGUGUUCGGCCAUGUGUUUGAGGCGCUCGAGACAUAUAGCCAGGAUGCUCAGACUGCGAAUGGUGAUGUACCGGGUCGUUUGGAGAGGCGCAUUACAUCUGAUGGCACGAUUUCGAAUACCUCUGCCCUGCGUAAGCAGCAUGCUCAGCUUAUUAGUUCGCCGUUGGGGAAAACAUGA